AUGGCGUCGAUCCUGCCGAUAAUAACCUUCAAGGCUGGUAUCUGCGAUGCAGACACCUCUAGCAAGCCCUACAAGAUCAAACCACAGCCGACCCCCGGCUACAUCUACCUCUACUCUGAAGAUGACUUGAUCCACUUCUGCUGGCGAGAGCGCAGUGCCGCCUUGGACAGUCCCGAUCUCGACCUUGUGAUGGUGCCCAUGGACGGUGAAUUCGUCGCCCACAAUCCCGACGACCAACAGUCAGCAAAGACCAACGGCCGUAUUUUUGUACUCAAGUUUGGAUCCUCCUCUCAGAGACACUUUUUCUGGCUCCAGUCCAAACCCCAGUCACGCAAUGGGGAUCCUAGCUGGUUCAGCCCUCGGGAUAAGAAAAUUGGCGAGAUCGUCAAUGCGCUGCUCCAGGGCGAGGAAGUCAACGUCGGCCGGGAGCUCGCACAAGCUCGCAACACCAACGACAGACGGGACGACGACGAUGACGACGACGACGAGACGAUGGAAGAUGCCGAGGGCCACGGAGACCGGAGCAAUCAGACCCAAGGCGGCAGUGGCGGUGCUGGACCUGGCGCCACAGGCGGCGACAUUAGGGAAGAGGGAGAGAAUGCCAGAGAGGGCGGAGGCGAUGGAGCACGAGCCGCUACCAGUGGCCCUGACACGGAUGCGGAUGCUGCUGUUCGGAAUUUCCUGGAGUCAUUACGAGGCAACGCUGGCCUGGGUGGAUCUCACCAAGGUGGACAGCAACAACACGCCGACAAGCCUUACCCUUACCUCAGCCACCUUCUCCCGAACGAGUCCACAAUUCCAAUGCUGCGAUCAGCCUCAGAGGAGUACAUUGAUAGCCUCUUGAGCUUCUUGCCACCCGCGAUCCUCGUUCUUGCCACGGAAUCAGAUGACCUGGGCGAUUCGGAGCCCACCCCAGAGGCAGCCGCGGCGGCUAAGGCUACCCUGAGUCUGGCAGAGAAAAAGAGCUUACUAGAGAGAGUCCUCAGAAGCCCCCAGUUCCAUCAAGCACUUGGAAGUUUGACCAUGGCACUUCGAGACGGUGGUCUUCCUACCAUUGCGGGAGCACUCAACGUUAAAGUCCCCAACGGCGGCUAUAUGAGGGGUGGUGCCAUGCCCCUGGGUGGCGGCGAGGCUGUCGAGGCUUUCGUUGAGAGCAUUAAGUCAACAGUCAUAGAGAAGAAUCAAAACCAGGGCUGA